AUGUUGUCCGGAGAAACGGCGAAGGGAGACUACCCGCUAGAGACGGUGAAGACCAUGCAUUUCAUAUGCAAGGAUGCCGAAAAUUCGACCUAUCACUGCCAGUACCUCCGAGAUGUUCUCGCAGAGACUAUUCUACCAAUGGACAUGACUCGUACCACUGCUCUCACAGCAGUUGUGGCAGCGCUGAACUGUCACGCUGCCGCCAUCGUUCUCGUAACUACUGCCAUCGCCUGUUCCCGUUAUAAAACGCCUUUCCCGAUCCUCGCAGUGUGUCGUCAAGCAAACGUCUGCCGCCAGCUGAAUCUGUGCAGAUCGGUUUUCCCAGUUUUCUACAGUAAGCCACGUGGGUCUGAUUGCAAUGCCGACAAUGAAAGCAGAAUUAACCACGGCAUCGAGUUCGGAAAGGAAAAAGGCAUGAUCAACAAAGGAGAUUUCGUUGUCGUCAUCACGGGAUGGAAAUUCGGUUCUGGAUUCAACAAUACCGUGCGUGUCAUCACUGCCUCUUUUUCGGCGAACAUAGAGAAACGUCUCAACCAGUUUGACGUGCGG